AUGCUAGAAAUUGGGGAGAGAGGUCUCUUGGGGCUCUGCCUUCCAGACUCCACGAGACCACUGUCCCUGCUACGUACUCAGAGUCUCAUAAGUAGGCGGACUCGAGAUGAGAGGUCUCUUUUCAAGAUCGAAGCUAUGUCUGCAGGAGAGAGCUUCGAGGUCAAUAUAGGAGGUGGAACCCAUCCUACUGGAGAGGAGUACCUCCACAUAAGAGAGAAUGGUGGUGACUCCUUCCUCUUCCAUUUCCUACCCAUCUUCUCAUUUCUUUCUCUGGCACUAGUGGCAAGCUAUGUAGCUUUAACUCCUGGAGGGUACUGGGAGUCAGUGUUGCCAAACACUCCUAUGCCAAAAGCCAGCAUGGAUCUUCUGCACCCUGAACGGAUUGAAGAGGAGAGCAGUUGGAUGAGAUUAGGGAAAGGAACCGCAGGAAAGGACUCACCUCUUUUCUUCUUGGAAAAUGACAUGAAACCCGGCAUGAUGAUGAACUUGCACUUCACAAAAACCGCGAAUGCAGCUCCUUUCCUACCUCGUCAGAUUGCUGAAUCAAUACCCUUCUCUUCCAAUAAGAUGCAACAAAUUUUGAAUCAAUUUUCGGUGAAAUCCAACUCGAUGGAGGCUGAUAUAAUGAAGACAACAAUCAAAGGGUGCGAGAAGCCUGCAAUGGAAGGAGAGGAGAAGUAUUGCACGACUUCGUUUCAAACUCAACUCCAGAAGUAUAGCAUUGCAGGAGCAAAGAUGGUGGGUGAGGAUGCAGUGGUGUGCCAUAACCAAAACUAUCCAUAUGCUGUGUUUUACUGCCACAAAAUACAUGCCACCAAAGCCUACAUCGUUUCCUUGGUGGGCGCAGACGGGACAAGAGCUAAAGCAGUAGCCGCGUGCCAUGCUGAUACAUCAGAAUGGAACCCGAAGCAUUUGGCCUUCCAAGUGCUCAAGGUUAAACUGGGGACUACUAUACCUAUCUGUCAUUUCCUUAACGAGGAUGAUAUCGUCUGGGUUGCUAAUCAGAAUUUGAUCUGCAAAACAUACACAAUAUUCCAUCCACCAGUACUCAUUUGGGCACCCUCUGUGCAGUUUCCAGUCAAGAAACUGUCUGCAGUCUGCCCAACUUCCUCCCACGAGUAUUUAACGUGUUUGGAGAAAAAUUGUGAGCAUCAAGGAGGGAAGGAAUGUGGAAAGCAGAUGCAUUAUUCUGCUCGCUGUCUAACACCAAUGUGCAGAAGUUGGGGAAGCUAUGGUGGUCUGAGAAGGUCUGAAUCUGUUGGGCAGAUGGGGAUAUUUGGAGGUGAUUGUCACAUUAUUGUGCGAUUUCAUCCAUCUGAUCCAUUGUCGAUGAAUAUAUGUUCUCAAGGAUAUAUUGAAUCUUUGAUUAGUUGUAAAGAGGGUUCUUGA